CCAUAGGAGCUUUUGUGGAUUCAAAAGGAAUUUGCUUUCGCUUCUGAAAGAGCCGCUAUUCUUUGAUGAUUGGGUAGCGGCAAACUUCAAAGCCAUAAAUCUUCCCUCUGACUGGCUGGCGGCCCAGCAAAGUCCUUAUCAAAUUCUUGGAGGUGAUCCUGAAGCGCUCAGACUUCGCGCAAGGCGAGCGCGCGGGGUGCGGCCAGGGGCGCGGGCAGGGAGGGCCCCGGUGCACGGGGCGGGCUCCGGCGAGGGGUUCGGGGGGCCGUCCGUCCUGCCGUGGGGUCUCCAUGCCUCGGCUGCGCCCUGCUCGGCAGCCAACCGCCGGCAAGCUGUAGCCAUGGCCGCCGUUGCCGUCCUCCGGAACGACUCCCUGCAGGCCUUCCUCCAGGUCAGGGCUGGGCUCGGAGGGGGCGAGGGAAAGGUGGGAGGGUCGGGUCUCGAUUUCCCCUGGUAUUCUGCGUACCCUGAAUUUCAAAAGGAGCCGUGCGCCGUGGAUGUCGCUGGAGUCAAACUUAGGGGGGUGCCCACGCCAACUUCGCACCUAACCUUGGUGUCAAGAGUGUGGCCUUUGGGGGAGGGACGCGCGGAUCCGGGGGUGGUGACGGCCAACUGUAGCCGGAUCGGCCAGCCGGGCGCUGCGAGGCCUGGGUACAUCCUGCAGGUGCUCUACGACCCAGCGCUGGGCUCGCCCUCCAGGCUUUUUCACCCGUGGACCUCCGACAUGCCGGCGCACUCGCCGGGCGCGCUGCCGCCCCCACACCCCAGCCUGGGGCUGACGCCGCAGAAAACGCACCUCCAGCCGUCCUUCGGGGCGGCGCACGAGCUCCCGCUCACCCCCCCGGCCGACCCCUCGUACCUUUACGAAUUCUCACCCGUCAAGAUGCUGCUCUCCAGCAUGGCGGCGCUGCCCGCCAGCUGCGCGCCUGCCUACGUGCCCUACGCGGCCCAGGCCGCGCUGCCGCCCGGCUACUACUUGCUGCCCCCGCCGCCCCCGCCGCCGCCUCCCACGUGCCGACAGCUGUCUCCCAACCCAGCCCCGACACUUCCAUGGUGGAGUAUCCCGCAGCGGGCACGGUCCGGGACUGCCGGGUUCCGGGGGCAGCUGUCGGGAGCUGUGCCGGCGGGCCCACGCGCCCGCUUCCUGCUUCGGCGCGCGCUGCGCGCGCCGCGCGCUCUCAACGGGCCUGUGCUGGGUCGUCGACUUGCGCAGUACAGAGCAGAUCGCGCGCUGCUGCAGACAGGCCUCCUGCGCACGGCCAGGAGGUGCCGCCGCUGCCGCUGCCCCAACUGCCAGGCGGCGGGCGGCGCCCCGGAGCCGGAGCCGGGCAAGAAGAAGCAGCACGUGUGCCACGUGCCGGGCUGCGGCAAGGUGUACGGCAAGACGUCGCACCUGAAGGCGCACCUGCGCUGGCACACGGGCGAGCGGCCCUUCGUGUGCAACUGGCUCUUCUGCGGCAAGAGCUUCACGCGCUCGGACGAGCUGCAGCGGCACCUGCGGACUCACACGGGCGAGAAGCGCUUCGCCUGCCCCGAGUGCGGCAAGCGCUUCAUGCGCAGCGACCACCUCGCCAAGCACGUCAAGACGCACCAGAAUAAGAAGCUCAGAGUUGCUGAGGCCGGCGUCAAGCGGGAGGACCCGCGGGAUCUGUGAGCCCAGCCCGGGGCGAGUCUAGGCCUUUCCCGCCUCGCACUCCCCAGCACCUCUCCCUGGGGGCCUGGGGGCAGCUGGCUGAGGGGAGUCCCAGCAGAGGCCCUUGCCCCUUCCUGCUGUCUGCCUCCAGGUUCCCUGGCCUGGCCGGCGGACGGGGACCCCUGUGUCCAGGAGAAGCAGGGGAGGUGGGGUGGAGGGCUCUGCGCCACGACAGGGCGGUUUCGAGCUCCGAACCACUCCCACCGUCUGGGAGACCUACGGUUUUGUGGGGACUGCCCUGAGCUGACCUUGUGUAUAGGAAACGUUGCUGGAUUAAAGCGGAAGAACCUUGGGGGAGUUGAAAUAGUGCUGGGUUUUUUUGUUAGGACAGGGCCCGGCUUUGUACAGGUUAUUUAAUAGCUUUGUUAAAGGAUAACUAUAAUAAUUACAACAUUAAUAAAAAAUGUUACUUUUGUCCUCGGCUCCAUGCAGAGCUACAGCAUGAAAUGUCUAUGUAACGCAAUCAGCGGUUGCAACGUGAAAAUAAAUACGUUAACUCCGGGGGUCACCUCGGGGAGACCCCGCUGA